UCCGCAAGUCGGAAAGCGGGCCGAGACCCCGGCCGUCGGCGGGGCAGCCAUGGAGGCAGCGGCGCGGAGGCGGCAGCAUCCGGGAGCGGCGGGUGGCGCGGCCGCGCAGCCGGGCGCCUCCUUCCUGCAGGCCAGGCACAGUGCCGUCAAGGCUGACGAAGCUGCUGGCACAGCUCCCUUCCACCUUGACCUCUGGUUCUACUUCACCCUGCAGAACUGGAUUCUGGACUUUGGCCGCCCCAUUGCCAUGCUGGUGUUCCCUCUCGAAUGGUUUCCACUCAACAAGCCCAGCGUGGGGGACUACUUUCACAUGGCCUACAACAUUAUCACGCCCUUCCUCCUGCUCAAGCUCAUGGAGCGGUCCCCUCGCACGCUGCCACGUGCCAUGAUCUACCUCAGCAUCAUCACCUUUGUCAUGGGCGCCAGCAUCCACCUGGUGGGUGACUCCGUGAACCACCGCUUGCUCUUCAGCGGCUACCAGCACCACCUGUCCGUCAGGGAGAAUCCCAUCAUCAGGAACCUCAAGCCAGAGACGCUGAUCGACUCCUUCGAGCUGCUCUACUACUACGACGAGUACCUGGGCCACUCCAUGUGGUACAUCCCCUUCUUCCUCAUCCUCUUCCUGUACUUCAGUGGUUGUUUCACUCCCACCAAAGCCGAGAGUUCAAUGCCAGGGGUGGCCCUGCUCCUGGUGGUGCCCAGUGGCCUGUACUAUUGGUACCUGGUCACCGAGGGCCAGAUCUUCAUCCUCUUCAUCUUCACCUUCUUCGCCAUGCUGGCCCUCGUCCUGCACCAGAAGCGCAAGUGCCUCUUCCUGGACAGCAACGGCCUCUUCCUCUUCUAUUCCUUCGCCCUCACCCUCCUGCUUGUGGCGCUGUGGGUCGCCUGGCUGUGGAAUGACCCUGUACUCAGGAAGAAGUACCCGGGUGUCAUCUAUGUCCCUGAGCCGUGGGCCUUCUACACCCUCCAUGUCAGCAGCCGACGCUGAGUCCCUGGCACCAGCCAUUCACCAGUGCUCUGCCUGGCGGGCGAUGGGCCAGAGAGCGUGUCUGAGCAGGGAGUGUA